CCCUCUCAGAUUUUUUGGAUUGCUAGAAGCAGCCACUCCCUGCUGCUUUCCUUCAUUUUUGUCUGUCAAAUAUAGUGAAUGGAAAAAAUGCCAUUUCCCCUAUUGGCUGAGAACUGCUGUGCUUACCACCUCUGAUUGUUUUUUACAGAGUUAACUGUGGCUUUGGCAAACACAUUUCCAAAACGUAACUUGAGAACAGUAACUGCCAUUUCCAAACCAAACUUGAGAACAUAUUUAAUAAGCAAAAAGGUACCUUUAGGGACAGGCAACUAUAUCAGAUUAGAAUUGUUACAGAAAUUCUAGGGCUUGGGAGUCGUGUAGCUACUAAAAAUGCAGAGGGCUUAAAUUAUAACAGCUCUGGUUUCAUUCCACUUCUAGAAUGGAAACUAUAAACAUUUUAACACAGUGACUGUGGAUAAAGAAACCCAAUGGAAAGAAAACUAGUAUCCCUAGCAUCUCCAGAUCCGGCUACUACACCGAGUAAGUACCAGGUCAGCGUGUCUGGCCAGGACACCUCGUGAGGUAGCGGAUACCUGCCGCGCGCCCCUAGAGCAGUACAGGGGACGCGCGCCUGCGCAGGGCCUCGCAUGCGUUCCAGGGUGGAAGGUUGCGCUUUGAGUGUCCAUGGCAACUCCACGCUUCCGCCUUCUAGAAGCCUAUACUGCAGCUCGGGUUGUGAGAGACUUGUCCCCGCGGGAGGGACCGGGGCUGGGCGGGGGACGGAUGGGGGAGCGAUAGGGUGGGGGGCUGGGGCAGCUUCUGGGAACAUUUGCCCCAGGGAUUGAGCUAAACUAAGAAAAAUUGGUCCAAAGCUCGGCACAAACGGAUCUUUUCAUUCCAGUCGUUUCGCCCACAGGGAACGAUGCCUCUGGAGGUGGUGGUGGAGCUGCAGAUCCGGGCGGUAAGAGAUCUACGAUCCUGCUCCUUAAUCCCAAGUCAGACUCUGGGGUGAUUUUUACCACUCCUCCCCUACUUACCGCACACACAUCAUCUUUUGGGACAAAUCGUACUUCUGUCCCUAAGAUUUGUUUUUUUCUUCUAAAGCUAAUUUCUUAGUUUUAUCCUGACUUUUUCCUUUCUUUUAAAACCCUACAUUAAGUCCAAAUGGGCUUUUCUUUUCCUGGAUUAAGAUUUGUAAAAGGAUUUUUAAAACUUUGCCUUUAACUAACAAGGGAAUAAUUGAAUUCUAUAAUGCCCCAUCACUUCCUGAUAAUUGCCACCUCUAUAAACCAAUCAAAUAUUUUCCAAGCUAUUAUAUUUCUCCUAGUGAUGGCUCUAGCUUGCUAAAUCCAAGUGGGAAGUCAAUUAACAAAUGUUUUGUAAUUAUCCAUCAAAUCCGUCCUAGCUAAGGUACUAAGGUAAAAGGGUGACUCCAUUGUUUCUAUUUGGGGGGGUCAAUCAUUGCUUUAUUUUAGCUACCACUUUCCAGUCCUUCCAUCUGUAGUGACAGAUGUAGCUUUGCCUCCAAGCUACCAGAGGCUUCUCUUCUGGUCAUGAUUAUAGGCACAAUGCUAAAAGGACACCACCAGGGAAUCUUGUUAGCCUCCAUACAGUUGGCAAAUGUGAUUGCAACAUAUACGUGGCUGUGAAACAAAGCUGAUCAACAGUUCCUGGCUUUGUCUCACUUUGCUGACAGCAAGCAGGGCCAGACAUAUCAAUUGUGCUAUGUCACUUUCAAGCUUUCAAAACUGUGCAGGAAGAUGAAAGAAACUUGGAGAAGCUAAGUAAUCAAUCAGUAGUCCUGCUCAAGGCAAAAAUGAAACAAGUUUUCUUCUCACUUCAUUUAACAUUACUGGUUAAUUUUAUUAUGAUUUUUAAAAGGCAUUCUUCAGCGUACAUUUCAUGAACAAAGAAAUCAGUUUUCUACUCUACAGGACUUUGGAAGCUCCAAAAUCAUCAGGUGAAUUGAUCUUCAAAAGCCAGCAAACUCAGGCCCCAGCAAGUAAAAUAGGGAAUUCCCUAAGUAUAACUACAAACCAGAAGGUAAGCCGAAUGUCAAGCCACCGAUAUUUGGACUUGUGGACACUCCAAGAGGAAAUAUUAUUGCUUCCGAGUAUCUGGCCUGAAUACUGCUGCAGUUAAAAUAAAGGAUCUCUCUAAGGUUAAACAAUAGACCCAAACCACUUAGAGUUAUACAGUUUGGCUGAGUUAGCAAGUGAAGAGGUAGUAAGUAUUCAGGAUGUUGUGGGAAUACAUCAUUUUAUUUUGAGGAGUAGCUGUUCCCUUUUUAGUGUGCCCCUCACUCUCAGAAAGUUCCUGUUUCCACCCAAUCAGAAUCUACUUAUCACAGCCUAUUGUCUAGGUUCCUACCUGCACCUCUGAAUGUCAAAGUAUAUAAUUUUUCUAAUUAUAAAUGCCAAAAUAAUCAGCCAUUAAGAUUUUCUGAAAACAUUACUUCCAUAGGUAACUUAAAGGUUUUCUAGUCAGAUAGAGCAGCAUUUAAACAGAUACAUACCCUCUUCAGUCUUUCUGGGCCCAAGAAUAAUGAGCAGAGUCCACCUUGUGACUGGGGUCUUUGGUCUUAUGAUUUUGGAGGCACCAUGAAUGAACAGCUUUAAAUUAAAAAGUCAAUGUAAACAAAAUUUAGGACUUAUGCCUUGUGCCUGAUACUGUGACAGGCUCCCUGGUGAAUUUCAAGUUAAAUACGGUCACCUAAGAUGUGCUGUAUACAGGAAAAUGGAAUUUCAUGUGAAAAAUUAUAGUAAACAGGGUCAUUCUUGUGGUAUAUAUGAGAAAGCCUAUGCUUUUGCAUUGAGAAGACAUGUUAUUUUCCCAUUUAUUACCCUUAUAGAGGUAAUAAAUUACCCAUUAUUCUCUAUUCAGUAGGGAUGACGGGUAGUAGGGCCUUCUCUCCUGCCAUGUGGGUCAUUGAUAUAAGAUGUGGUCAGUCUAUUCCCAAAAGUUUAGUUUCUCUAACUUCUCCCCAGUGACCUAACUUCUUUGUCCCAUCAUACUAUAUAAUUAGUUAACAGAAUUACUCAUGAGCCUAUAGUCCCAUUUUUCCUUUUUUCCAGGCCCUUAGAUACACCCACUUUAAAAGUGUUUCUUCUUUAAGUUCUUGGCUUAUUCUCUGAAUGCUAAAAAUAGUAUUAGGGAGUAGAGGGAAAUAAACAGCUAUUUAAAGACCUUUUGAGGAGUAGAGGGAGAGGAGAGAAAGACAGUACUAUCACCUCUUUGUCACUACCCGAUCCACAAAAAUGGAAGAGAUAAUAAAGUAAAAAAGCUUACCAAGAAAAUCAGCAUUAAGAAGAAAUCUCCCCAACUGUGGCAACAGAUCUUCAGGGAAUAAACUACAAAAACCUACAUCUUAGGCUUUUAAAAUACUGUUUUUAAAUCUAUCUCAGGAAAAGGACUAGGUUGGUACAUGGUUUCUCUGCAUGUGUAUUUACAGAAUGAAGAUAUGUUGCUUUCUCAAAGUUCAAAUUACAAAUGAUAUGUUGAUUUAGGGGAUUCCUAUAAAACACAAAUCUUAUUAAUGUCAACUUUUGAAAAACAGCAACAGUAUAACCACCUCAGUUUGGUUUCUUUGCAGUUGUCCUGGAGAUAUAAGCAGUUGCUGAAUAAAUAUACAAUAGAGGGAUUUUUUUUUUCUUUCCCUAAUAUGGCUGUGUUCAGUACUGGCCAGCACGUGCUCCAGCCUAGCAACACAUCAAGGCGGUAGGACACCUGAAAUCCCAAAAGAAGCCUGAAAUGUUUAAGGGGGGCAAGCAGGAUGGCUGCUGAUUUAGGUUGGCAUCAUCAAAAUCGUCAGACUUCCUGGUGCCAUAAUCAGUGAGAUGGGGUCAUUGCUGAUUCCACAGUACAAAUAGGAUGGGUGCAUUGUGGGGUGAGAGCCAGCAAUAGUCCACGAUGCUGUACUGCAUGUAGCCCAGAAAAAAGCCAAAAGCCACAUCGGUGACAUUGUGUCGCCCCAGCAUGACCCUGGAGAGGCCCAAGACGAAGGCCCACAGCACCACCAGCACCCUCAGCGGAAUGGCCAGCACCAGGUGGUUCAGGAUGAACCUUGACACCAGGGCGGCUCUUGUGGCAUGGCCGGAAGGGAAGGAGUACUUGUCCACAGACAGAGUGAAAAACAUAUCCAUCUGAUUAUGCGCCGGGCGGCGCCUGCGGACCAGCCCUUUAAUCAGGGCCACGAGCAGCAGGUCCAACAUCAGGGAGAAGAGCAGGUUCAUCAGUACCUCGCGCCCGGCCCAGCUGUCGCUCCGGGACAGACAGUAGAAGGUGCCCAGUAGCCAGGGGAUGCCGUGUCCCGAGAUCUCCAGCAGCUUCAUAAGGGGCCGCACGCUACCCCAGGACGAGCUCUCCCCAGCGCACACCCCCAGCUUCUUGGACAGCCACAGGUCGAUGGCUAGCAGGGAGCGCAGGGCGAUGCCCAGGAAGGACGGGUUCAGGUCCAUGCGGUCCUCCUCGGGCAGUGGGGGCGGGGGCGCCGGCAAGGGGCCGGCGGCGGCCAGGGGGAAGGAGCCGCGGCGGUGCACGGGGCUCUCGGACGCGCGCAGCCGGCCACAGGUGAGGUCUGCGCCCGGAGCACGGCUGCUGAGCAGGGACUGGAACUCGAACCUGCCACCGCCGCCGCCAUGGGCUGGGCUCCCGGGGCUGCUGCUGCUGCUCGAGGCCGAGGCGCCCAGCGGCCUUCCCUCGGCGCUCCUACGAGGGCUCGGCAUCGCGGCGGGCGGCCCCGACCCCGGGACCCGGCCGGACUCCAAAGAGGCUCCGGGGCCCUGCAGCCUCUUCCGCUUCCGCACUGCCAUCCUGGAGGGGCGGGGAGAGAAGCAGGCGGGCGCCGGCGCGAUUGUGACACCUGGCGGAGAGAUCUCUUGCCCAGGGGUGUUCCUGCCUGGCAAGCAAGAAGUGUACCUUGGGGUCUACCUCCUGAAUCAGUACGUGGAGACACACUGCUUUCCUUCUGUGUUUCCCAUUAUGAUUCAUCAGAACAUGAGAUUUGAAAAGGUAUUUGAAAAUGCAAUAGAUCCUGGAGCUGUAGUAGACCGUUUAGAAGGCUUCCUAACUAGGUUUGAAUUAGUACAGCUAGUGCCUCCAGCCUGGGAAGAGUUGGCCUAUUAUGAAGAAAACACACGGGGUUUUCUUUUCCCUGAGCCCAAGCUGACACGUUCACACCCUAGGAUGUGUAGGGAGGUGCUCAUGAAGACGGCUAUAGGUUUUCCAGGCAUUGCUCCCAAAAUUGAGUUUUCUACAAGGACAGCCAUCAGAGAACGUGUGUUUCUGUCUAGAAACAGAUUUCCUGAAGAAACAGAUGAGUCACAAAGGCCUUCAUCUACAUCACGUGGACCAAUAUUACCCCUAAAUAACAUGAAGAUGAAGCCAAAGGAGAAUAAUCUCAACAGACGUCCAAAAAGCAUACACCCCCGGGCAUCCUCUCCAUGUUCCCCCAGACAUUUCCAAGAGCCCCCAGCUUACUCAAACCUUGGCAGUAGUUUCAAAAUCCCUAUAGGAAGCAAGCCUCCAUUUGUAGUUAGACAUAUCAUGUUGCCCAAUUUUUCUUUGGAAAAUAAGGUGGACAGUGCAAAGCCCUUUGGUGAGAACAUUUCAGAUUCUUAUUUGCGGAAGUCUAGAAGAAAAUCUAAGUUUUCAAGCUUUCCAUUUCCAUUGAGAAGAGCUUCUUCUCUUGACAGCCUUGCAGCUAACGUAAAGGUUAUCAAAGAGCCAGAUGAACGGAUUGUUUUAAGGAAUCCAUCACCAUCACCUUUAGAUUCAAGUAAGUUUGGAAAGCUCUCACCCAGUAACCAAGGGGAUGUCAGUUUCCACCGGGAAACUUCCUUUGCCACCUCCCGGCAUUCCAGAUCUCCCAGCCCUCCAGAUCAGCUGCUUCUCCAAGAAAGGUUCUAUCCUAUUUCUCAGUCCACGUGGAAGAAGAUCCACGAGCGGGUAUGCAGUCUUCUGACAUCCCACAGAGCUCAGCAGCACCUAAAGAAAGAUUCUACUGCUGAAGCAAAUUAUAUGCUUGACAAGCCACGCUACCCUCUGAAGAAAUAUCCACUGCAUGGGGAGAGAUAUUUUUAAGCUGCUGUCUUUUGGAAGGGAAAAUGGACGAAAGCCAAAGGAGGAUCAUGAAGAGCUCUCUCAUCCGCGCAGCCGGCACGUCCUUAGAGAAGUGAACAGCAGUUUCAGUUGUGUGUAUCGAGUCACCAGUGUCUAAUCCCCUUUAAUCUAAUCCCCACCAGUGUCAACCCUUAUACUUAGUCUUUUGUGCUCACUCAGGUAAGAGUUGUUGAUUAAAGAGUUUGCUGUA